AUGUCCGAUCAACCCGAACAACCUGGUUUUGAAACAGCCACUUCGAAUCGCGAAAUCCGCGAGCGCUGGAAACUACCGGCGGACGCAGACGCUGCAUCCAUGCCACUUGAAAAGCUGAACCCCGGCAACGGCGAUUGGUUCGAACGCAACAAAGCACUGGGCGUGUUCGAUCGUCUGCGUGCAGAAGAUCCGGUGCACCUGACCGAGGACAGCCAGUUUGGGCCGUACUGGUCGAUGACAAAGUAUGACGACGUGAAGUAUGUCGAUACCCACCAGCAUCUGUUUUCUUCGGACAUUAUGAACGGCGGCAUCCGGCUUGGGGGACGACCUAUGGCCGAGCCGCCAGAUGCAAUGUUCCACCUGCCGAUGUUUAUCAUGGCAGACCAACCGGUUCAUGAUGAGCAGCGCAAAGUUGUGGCGCCGAUGUUUACGCCAACCCGGCUGGCGGCGCUGGGAGAACUGAUCCGUCAGAGAGCUGGUGACAUCCUCGAUGAAGUCCCACGGGGGGAAAGCUUUAACUGGGUACGUGAAGUAUCUGUGGAGCUGACCGGGCGCAUGUUGGCAACACUCUUCGAUGUGCCGCAGGAAGAUCGACAUCUGCUUAUUCACUGGUCCGAUACCGUCGAACGGAUCGGAGAUCCUGACUAUUUUGAAACCCCUGCGGAAGGGUUUAACGAAAUAUGGAAGUGUUUUGAGUAUUUCAAUGAGGUGUGGCAAACACGUAAGAGCGCAUCUGAACCGGGUGAAGAUCUGAUCUCGUUCCUGGCCCACGGCGAAUCCACAAAAAACAUGUCGCCCAAUGAAUUUCUUGGCAACGUACUGCUGCUGAUUGUUGGCGGCAACGACACCACGCGUAAUUCGAUCACCGGCGGCGUGCAGGCACUCAACAUGUUUCCGCAGGAAUAUGACAAGUUGCGCGACAAUCCUGGCCUGAUACCCAAUAUGGUGCCGGAAAUCAUUCGUUGGCAAUCUCCGGUGGCACAUAUGUGUAGAACGGCGAUGGAGGACGUUGAAAUCCGCGGCAAGCAGAUCAAGAAAUGGGACAAAGUGGCUAUCUGGUACGCCUCAGGCAACCGUGAUGAAGAGCGGAUAACUGAUCCAAACACACUGCUCAUUGAUCGCCCCCAUGCUCGCCAGCAUUUGUCUUUCGGUUACGGCAUUCACCGCUGUCUGGGUAAUCGCCUGGCGGAAAUGCAGUUGAUGAUUCUCUGGGAAGAAAUCAUGAAGCGGUUUUCUGCAGUGGAAGUGGUGGGGGAUGCCAAGUACCUGAACUCCAGUUUCAUUCGUGGCAUAACCGACCUGCCUAAGCGAGUGAUUCAGCGACUGCGUAUCACCGUGGUUGAUGUGUUUGCCGAGAAACCGCUGGCUGGGAAUCAGCUGGCGGUUGUGCUGGGCGCCGCUGAUCUGAGCGAUGACCAAAUGCAGUUGAUCGCGCGGGAGAUGAAUUUCUCUGAAACCACAUUUGUUCUGCGUGAGGCAGCGGACGAAGCACAAGUGCGGAUAUUUACGCCGGCUUCUGAGCUGCCUUUUGCCGGUCACCCGACACUGGGUACCGCCUGGGUGCUCACCGCCGGGCAGCGACCCAUUACUCUGGACCUAGCCGGGGGCAGGGUGCCAGUUGAUUUUGUUGAUGGGGUUGCCUGGAUGACGCCACCUUCAGUGGAAUUCAAAGAUCCUGUUUCGACCGGUGAUGCCGCCGCUCUGCUGGGCCUGUUGGAAAGCGAUCUGCACCCGGAUUUUACGGUUGCAACUGCUGUUGUGGGUCCUGGUUUCCUGCUGGUGCCGGUUAAAGACCUUGCCACCCUGAAGGUUGCGCGAUUCAACAUCGAUAAGCUGCAUGAAAUGAUCAAGCUCGGACGGUUGGACAAGGCGGUAAACGGUAUUUUUGCGUUCAGCAGCGAGCCAUACGACAACACCGCUGAUUAUGCGGCGCGGAUGUUUUUUGAAGCCGGUGAUGCACGGGAAGACCCCGCUACCGGUAGCGCGAAUGCCUGUUUUGCCGCCUACCUUAAAGCCGCCGGCAGAAACGCCAGUGUGAGCGGUUCUGCAUCAGUUGUGGUUGAUCAGGGCGUGGAAAUGUCGCGGCCUUCACGCCUUUAUCUGGAUCUUUCAGAGCCUUUACGGGUUGGCGGUAAGGUACAACCUGUACUGGAAGGUGUUAUCACAGUUUAG